CAAACAUUGAUGGAACACCUUUACCUCAUUACGUUGAAUUUUAUCAUACGCAAAAAAGUCCACUUUACAUAAUGUUACCAAAAACUGUUUCAACCACUUGUAACUCUAUAUGUUGCAUUCAAAUUGAAUAUCAAACAAAUCCAAGCUCUCUUGCAUUGUAUUGGCUAACACCUGAGCAAACUGCCGAUGGCAAACAUCACUUUUUACUGUCUAACAACAAGCUAAUACAUGCUAGAACAUGGUUUCCCUGCCAGGAUACUCCGUCUGUCAAAUUUACAUACAGUGCUAAGAUUUCGGUACCAAAACAUUUUACUGUUCUAAUGUCCGCACAUUUAGAAAAUGAGCCCAAAGAAAACCCCGAGGAUUCAACACUAAACGUAUAUGAAUUCCGUCAAAUGCAUCCGGUACCAUCGUACGCGGUGGUUAUUGCUGUGGGCUCACUAGAGAAAAGAUCAAUAAUUUUUAAAAAAUCAAAUAUAUUCGCCGAGAGCAAAUUUAUCAACGAAAGUUUUGAAAAUAUGUUUCGUGUAAUGAAUAUGAUUAACAAAAUGAUGGCGAAUGCCAUAAAUAUGUGUGGAACUUAUACUUGGGGUCGAAAAAUCCACAAAUACAUGGUGGCCAAAAUGCUUAUUACCUAA